UUAAGCUUUUUAAUUCAUGGAACGAUGGUUUUUUCCCCUUUUUUCUGGUUUUCUUGCUCUUGUCUUUUGAUAAGUUAGGAGGAUGAGUUCUUUUAUGUUUUUGCAAUUUAUUUUUUGGAUGGGCAAUUCCUUUUUUCUGAUGAAAAGGUGAAAGAUUGUCUUUUGAUGAUUGUGUGAGCUGAUUUCUCGGCUUUAGUACAGCAAGGUUUAUCAAGCCAUCCUUUAAGUCACAAUUCUUCUCACAUGGAUUAUAUCGAAAGCAAGAGAAGAAGCACAAGCAAGGUUGGGGACUCUAGAAAGGGGCCUUCUGGCCCUCAUUUGAAAGAUGUGAAUCAAGAAGGAAGACAUGCUCAGUGUUGUAACCGUCUUGGAUGCAGUGCCAGAGUUUAUUCUACCGAAGGUAGUAGUAGCUUCAAAUACAUGGAAUCAAGCAAAUCUUUUGGCACCAAUUCUCGCUCUUCAAGUGGGAAGCCCACUAUUGGAAGCUCAUCCAGACCCUUCUCCUAUCGAACCAACCUCAAAAAGCCCCAUCAAGGAGAUCAAAUAUCUUCACAAAAUAAAGAAAGAAGCUCUGCCUCUAGCUCUGGCAGUCCAGAAGGAAGGGAAAUGCCUGUACUUACUGCAAAAGAGAUGCAGGAACCAGCAUCUGAAAUCAGAGAUGUUUAUGAUACCGUCUCGACAGCCCCUCAAGCCCGAAACCGAACUCAAAAACAGAGAAUUGAAGACACAGGUUCGGGGAGUUCGAGCAGAGAACAGGUCUCAAAAUGUUCCCUUGUUCCUAAAAGUGGGUCCAAGGCUACUGAUAAAACCCCCCAUAAAAUCCAUGGAAUUGGGUCACAAAGAUGUGGCCUGCAAAAUCUCAGUUGUGCUUCAAUUUCUUAUGUGCUUCCUCCUGGUUGUUCUUCUUCAGAUCCCAGCUGUAGUAGAAGGGGAGAUGUGGUAAAUAACAGUGUCAAUGAGAGCACAUCUCUUAGAGGAAAGAGUGGGGGAACUCUGUCCAUUCCGGGCUAUCGUAGAGGCAGUUCCUCGGGCCAGACUUCUUCUCCAAUAAACCCACCUUCUAUUCGAGCUCCAAGAAGAGGGAUAAAUGGGUCUUCUUCAAAUAGGGGUCCCAGUGUUUCAGUUAGAACUAGGAGGGCAACAACAAUUGGGGAUAGUAGGGCUACAAGAUUAUCUAACAAUUACAAUGAUACCCCUCCUUCUGUAGUGGAACCAGUUACGGCCGCUCCAACUGAACCAGAGUCAUCUAAUGGUGAUUCUCCAUUUGAUUCACCUAGGUCACUUCCAAGUGAUCCUCCUACUCUUUGCCUCAGCUCUUAUGAGAGGUCAAAUUAUGGAAAUGAGAACGGGCGAACUGGUAGGCCAACUCCUUAUCCUGAAGUUGGUGCUUUUCGGGGUUUCCAUGGCCUCUCAAUUGAUCGGGAUGGUUAUCAUCGACGUUUCAACAUUCAAGGAGUUGCAGAGGUUUUGUUGGCCCUUGAUCGGAUAGAUCAGGAUGAUGAGUUGACAUAUGAGCAAUUAUUGCUUUUGGAGACAAACUUGUUCAGGGGUCCGAGCUUCCAUGAUCAACACCGUGAUAUGAGACUGGACAUUGAUAACAUGUCAUAUGAGGAACUAUUGGAAUUAGAGGAAAAGAUGGGAAGUGUUAGUACAGCUCUUUCAAAGGAUGCUCUUUCUAAUUGCCUGAAGAGAAGUCUCUUCUCUUCGGUUUCAUCGGUCCCAAGAUUCACAAUUUGUGGGGAUGUUGAUACAAAAUGCAGUAUUUGUCAGGAAGAAUAUGUUGAUGGAGAUGAAGUUGGUGACUUGAAUUGUGAACAUCGAUACCAUGUUGGUUGCAUUGAGGAGUGGUUGAGAUUGAAGAAUUGGUGCCCCAUUUGCAAGGCUGAAGCAUCAACUUAGCUUUAGCUUCAACUCCAAUCAAUCACCAUGGCUUCAACACUCUCUGUACAUUGGUGUAAAUUGUGUUGAGAGAUAUGUAUAUGUAUUUGUUCUUAUGUCUCUCCAAUAAACUUAAAGUAGACAAUGAAAACUUGAAAGACCUUCAGCUUGCAAUAAUGGAAGCCUCUUUGCAUUUAAAACAUGGAGUAAAACAAUUGCUUUCUCUCUCUCU